AUGAUGGGCACAAACACCUGCGACGGGGACGUCUAUAUCCAUAACUUGGCCACCUUUAUCAAAUCGCACGAGCGCCAACUGGCCAACGCCUUGAUCGCCUACAAGAAGACGAAUAAGAAGCCCGUUCAAGGAGAUAAAUCAGGUACAACACCGCGCCAACAGCAGCCAACAACUAAGCCCGUCAGAUUGUCUCUAUCAUUACAUCAUCUCUAUUUUCUUCUGGGUAAGUUUCAGGAGCUUGGCAUCAGUGUCGGUCCUAUGAACAUUCGUCUUGACAAUAUUGACACCGAAAAUGCAAACAACUACGUUUCGUUCCUGAGCGAGUUUCAACGCAACAAAGCCAUUCAAUCGGACGCACAAUCGAUCCAUUCCAUGUCCAGUGUCAAAUCUGUCAUGUCCAGCGUGUCUGCACUGUGGCACAACCUUAGUUACAAUGGUAACAAGGGCGAAAAUAUAAUCAGCGAUCUGAAAUACUUAUAUUCUGCAUUUACCAAGCUCCCAUGUCUCAGACUCGCAAAUGAUCCAAACGCCAAAUUAAUAGAGGGCCACGAAGAGUAUCCGUUCGACACAUCAACUCCAAUUAGGAUCUUCAAAAAUCUUUCAGUUCUCGAGAUUUCUGACCUUGAUCCCAAAGAGAUUUACGGUUGGCAUAUCUUAAGUGAGAAUAUCCGGUUUUUAGUCAUAAAGCGCACUCAUAUAAACGAUCCAUAUGAUGUGCUUGUUUCGUUGGUCAAUGACGACGUUGACAAACGAGGAUCCAUAUAUUCUGAGGGAUCUGAACAUUCGCCAUCUUCAACAGCUCCUCAUGCUAUUCCUGUGUCUAAGCGGAACUCUUUUUCAUCUCCUCCGCUAGCGGGAAGCUCGAAUUUUUCUAGUUCUUAUGGCUCUUCAUACCACCAUUAUUUCAGCGGCUCCUUGCCCGAGAAGUCAUCACCCCCAUCGUCCUACUACUCGUCGCGGCUCCCUGUCGAUGACAAAUUCUCCUUGGUUUCCAGAAGACAGUAUCAAUACCCACAAAAGUCGCGAUACCCUCCUCUUGACCCUCUACCAAUAAUGGAACAGGUUCCUCCGAUGUCUGCACCCAUUGAGUUUCCUUCUCAGCAUUGGAAGCUACUGAAACACCUUUCGCUCACAGAAAAUAAGAUCACCACGAUCUCUGAGGCUGCUUUCCAGAACCUGGAGAAUCUUUCGUCUUUGGAUCUUUCUUACAACAAGCUGACAGAGGUGCCAACAGAGGCGUUAUCGAAACUCGCCAAUCUGAAAUCUUUGAAUCUGUCAUACAACAAGCUUGCUAGUACAAAGUCGUUCCCAAAAGCGCUGCAGAAGUUGACGAUUCUUAAUUUACGUGGAAACCAACUGACCAGUCUUGAUAGUAUGGAGAAUCUGAACGCAUUGGAAAAAAUUGAUUUGCGCCAGAAUAGGCUCACCAAGGUGACGGAAUUGAAACCGCUAUUGCUUCUCAACAGCGAUGCAGUCAAACUAACCACUUUGUACCUUGUUGGUAACCCUGUUGCUAGUAACAGGGGUUACAGAAUUGAGUUGUUCAACUUGUUCAAUGGGGUUUCUUACGGAAACGAAUUAAGAAUUGAUGGUUCUAGACCCGGCAUAUUCGAGUCCAGACUCCUUCUUGACUCGAAAUCCGCACAGCUCAAACUCAACAAGUUUUUGGACGCAAGCAUCAUUAGUAAGAUGACUGAAAGUGUCUCUACAAUGAAUCUGAACAAGAUUGUCACAACCACCACGACAACAAGAGACAAUUCGAUGUCUUCGGAUAUCUUAAAUAAUAGAAUGAGCUCGCAGUCGCGGGUGAGUGUCGCAUCGAAGGAAAGAAAAGACGAUGCCAGGGACUCUUUGGACUCGCGCCAUUCUCACAAGCUCAACCCAUUGAUUGUGGAUUCUUUGAAACAGCCGCAGGUUCCUCCUCCAACGCAAGUUUUGGCACCGAAUACUAAUUUGUUAAACUCUGUUGAACAAAUGGCGCCUCCUCAUAAGCCUUUUUCGCAACGCAAGUCUUCCACGCAUUCGCCUGCUGGGACAAACUUGUGGGAGCAAAUUAUCUCAACUGGGCCGGUUGCGGACACCACCAAGGCUCCGAUAGUGACCACUCCGGUAACCGCUUCAUUUUCGUUGGACAAGCCGCCGCCUGUUGACCCAGGCUCCCAGGUGUCGUCUCCUAGCACAUCGAGUCAGCCUUCAGGGACAGUUUCACUUGAUGAAAACGUUUAUCCUGCAGGGGUCAUUCUGACCAGACAGAUUAACGCUUCUAAUUCUUCUCUCACCACUUCGUCUUCUCGGAAAGCAUCCAAGGAGAGCAACCCAAUCAACAAGAUCAGCUUGGCAGCACCAGCGCUUCCGGUGAUUACGCAAGCCACCACGAUGACCACUGUGACGUCCGACCCGCCGACUCCGCAUAGCCAGCGUCGGAGUGGAACCGAAGGUGAGUACUUUGCCACUUCUCCGCUGGAAAGCUCCAUGAAGCUGCACCCGUUACGGUUGUCAGAGAAAGGUAUUGAUAUUCCGACCUCUGAAUCUUCUGCCACCUUGGAUGUUCCUGGACUGGAAACGGUUCGCCAGGCUCCUGAGGAAAAGUCUCCACCGGAUCCCGAGUCCAAAGACGGGUUUACGCAGGGCCUCAAAAUUCGUGCUAAUUGA